CUAACAUCGGGUUCUGUGAUUGGCCUAGACGUUUGGCGCCUCUUGAAUCCGCCGCAGCCGUAGUGGGCGGUGAGGCGGAGGAGCAGUUUGAACAGGGUCGCUGUUGCCUAGGCGGAAACAUUGAAAUCCAAAUAACUUUUUACAAGCAGGCUGACACCAAACGGUGCGACUGUCCCUCGUAGACGCACAGUUUCUGUGUCCUAACCAGCCUUGGAGCGAAGGAGCCGGUGUGAGUUAUUUCAUUUACCGGCUCUGGGUGCGUGAAGCCGGGUGUUGCGCGAGCUCGGUCGCUCCCUCCUCCUGAGUUAAACUGCUAGCUAGCCACCGAGCUAACGUUACAGCUAGCCGUAACACGGAGCGAGCUAAUCUGCAGCACAAAGGACGACUUUGCCCGUGUUUGUCGCAUCGAUCCGGAUCGCUCCGUUGGAUGAGGCCAGAGGCUCGGGUGGAGGUGAAUCAUGGUGCUGACUGGGAAGCGUUCGGAGAAAGGCCCCGCCUGCUGGAAGAGGAGGGUGAAGUCUGAGUACAUGAGGCUUCGGCAGCUGAAACGCUUCAGACGGGCCGACGAGGUCAAGAGCAUGUUCAACAGCAACCGUCAGAAAAUCAUGGAGCGAACUGACAUUUUGAACCAGGAGUGGAAAACCCGGCGAAUCCAGCCCGUCCACAUCAUGACGUCGGUCAGCUCCUUACGAGGGACUCGAGAGUGCACCGUGGAGAGCGGCUUCUCCGAGUUCCCUCGACAGGUCAUCCCCCUGAAGACUCUGAACGCCGUGGCCUCGGUCCCGGUCAUGUACUCCUGGUCGCCGCUACAGCAAAACUUCAUGGUGGAGGAUGAGACGGUGCUCCAUAACAUUCCCUACAUGGGAGACGAGAUCCUCGACCAGGACGGGACUUUCAUCGAAGAGCUCAUCAAGAACUAUGACGGCAAAGUCCACGGCGACAGAGAGUGUGGCUUCAUCAACGACGAGAUCUUCGUCGAGUUGGUCAACGCUCUGGCACAGUACAGUGACAACGAGGAUGAUGAGGAGGAGGAAGAGCAGGACUUUAAAGUGGACAAGAUGGACGUGUGUGAUGGCAAAGAGCACCCAGAGGAGCCCCGCAAGGACGGGCUUGUUAACAAUGAGAGCCGAACCAACAAUGACACCAGCAAGAAGUUUCCCUCUGACAAGAUCUUUGAGGCCAUCUCCUCCAUGUUCCCCGACAAGGGCUCCCCCGAGGAGCUCAAAGAAAAGUACAAGGAGCUGACUGAGCAGCAGCUGCCCGGCGCCCUGCCGCCUGAAUGCACGCCGAACAUCGACGGUCCGAACGCUCGCUCCGUGCAGCGCGAGCAGAGCCUGCACUCCUUCCACACUCUGUUCUGCAGACGCUGCUUCAAAUACGACUGCUUCCUCCACCCUUUCCAUGCAACUCCCAACACGUACAAGCGCAAGAACUUGGAGAACCUGGUGGACAAAAACCCGUGUGGCGUCGACUGCUACAUGGACCUGGUGCAGGACGGCAUGAUGAGGGAGUACGCCACAGGCGUGGGAACCGAGCGGGCAAAGACGCCCUCCAAGCGUAACGGGGGCCGGCGCCGCGGUCGGCUGCCCAACAGCAACAGUAACAGCCGGCCCAGCACCCCCACGGUGUCCUCUGAAACCAAAGACACGGACAGCGACCGCGAGGGCAGCAAAGAGGACGAGCGAGACAACGACAAAGACGACGAGGACAAGAAGGACGAGACCACCAGCAGCUCAGAGGGAAACUCGCGGUGUCAGACUCCCGUGAAGAUGAAGCUGUCCGGUGAGGCCGAAGCGGUGGAGUGGAGCGGCGCUGAGGCGUCUCUCUUCAGAGUCCUCAUCGGGACGUACUACGACAACUACUGCGCCAUCGCGCGGCUCAUAGGCACCAAGACCUGCAGACAGGUUUACGAGUUCAGGGUCAAGGAGUCGGCCAUCAUUGCUCGCGCUCCCGCUGAAGACGAGGACACGCCGCCGAGGAAGAAGAAGAGGAAGCACAGACUGUGGGCUACUCACUGCCGCAAGAUCCAGCUGAAGAAAGAUGGCUCAUCCAAUCACGUGUAUAACUACCAGCCAUGUGACCACCCCCGUCAGCCCUGCGACUCCUCGUGUCCCUGCGUCACCGCGCAAAACUUCUGUGAGAAGUUCUGCCAGUGCAGCUCGGAGUGUCAGAACCGCUUCCCGGGCUGCCGCUGCAAAGCUCAGUGUAACACCAAGCAGUGCCCCUGCUACCUGGCAGUGAGGGAGUGCGACCCCGACCUCUGCCUGACCUGCGGCGCCGCCGACCACUGGGACAGCAAGAAUGUGUCCUGCAAGAACUGCUCCAUCCAGAGAGGCGCCAAGAAGCACCUCCUGCUCGCUCCGUCAGACGUGGCCGGCUGGGGCAUCUUCAUCAAAGAGCCGGUGCAGAAAAACGAGUUCAUUUCGGAGUACUGUGGAGAGAUCAUCUCUCAGGACGAAGCCGACCGCAGAGGCAAAGUGUACGACAAAUACAUGUGCAGCUUCCUGUUCAACCUGAACAACGACUUUGUUGUUGAUGCCACGAGGAAAGGCAACAAGAUCCGCUUCGCCAACCACUCGGUGAACCCGAACUGCUAUGCAAAAGUGAUGAUGGUGAACGGCGAUCACAGGAUCGGGAUCUUUGCCAAGAGAGCCAUCCAGACCGGAGAGGAGCUCUUCUUCGACUACAGGUCAGUGAAGAAAAAGUCAAAUCGCUGA